AAGGAGCUGAGCCAAUCAGAUCGCACCAUCUGUAAACAUGGCUCCUCAUGGUCGGCGAAAGUAUGUCGUGCUUCUCCUUUGUGCUUUUCUGCUUUACUGUGUAGCGGCCGAAAGCAAGGACAAGCCAAAGAAGAAGAAGAAGGACAUCAGAGACUACAAUGACGCAGACAUGGCGCGGCUCCUUGAGGAAUGGGAGAAAGAUGAUGACAUUGAGGAGGGAGACCUUCCAGAGCACCGCAGAUCUCCUCCUCCCAUUGAUUUCGCCAAAGUUGAUUCGUCCAAACCUGAAGAGCUGCUGAAGAUGUCCAAGAAGGGCAGGACCCUCAUGGUUUUUGCCACAGUGUCGGGAGACCCCACAGAGAAGGAGACUGAGGAGAUAACAGGCUUGUGGCAGGGCAGCCUUUUUAAUGCCAACUAUGAUAUUCAAAGGUUUGUGGUGGGCUCCAACAGGGUGAUCUUUAUGUUGCGAGAUGGCAGCUUAGCCUGGGAAGUGAAAGACUUCCUACUGACCCAGGAGCGAUGCAUGGACGUCACGGUAGAAGGACAGGUAUUCCAGGGAAAGGCUGCCAGCAAGGACGACAGUAAACACAAGCAGCAGAAGGACGUGAACGCCAAAAAGACCAAGAAAAAGAAGACUGAGAGUAAGAAGGUAGAUUUGGAGGGCAACAGAGCCAACAAUAGACAGGAGGAACUAUGAUGGACUAUCAGGGUUUCGUCCACUUCAAAGUCAUUAAUCAAUGAACUAAUCAAUCUUUCUGGGUUGAUUCCCUUGACUGCUGAGCACUCCCAUUGGUGUUUUCUGAGCAACACAUUGCUUUACAAAUACCCUCUUGAAAUUAGACUCUUGACGAAAGCUAUCAUUACAAGAGUGAUGUCUCAUCAAUGGAAACAUAGCACCUGGGAUGUAUUUCAGUACUUAACAGGAUCCUAUAAUCUCACUUUUUGGAGGUAGUCAUGAAAUCAGUUAAUUAUGGGAGGUGUUCAUUUCCCUGGUACAGAUAAGCAUGUUGGAGGCAUUCAAUUGGACUUUUGUUUCUGGUUUGUCUAGGACUGUUAAUGUCCAGCAACACUUCAAAAUGUUCAAAUCAGCCCACACAUUUUUUAUUUUUUAUUUUCACAAAAUUUAAGAAUAAACGUUUUUUCAACACUCCAGUGCCAUUGACAAAUCCAUAUGUAUUUGAACAUAUUUCAUUAAUUCUACGCAAUAAACUGGCAGUAACUGACA